AAAAAAAAAAAAAAAAAAAAAAAAAAAAAAAGUUUAGGUCCUACUCCUAUGAGAGAGGAAAGGAAAGGAAAGGCGGCUAGAACGUGGAAAAAGGUAAGAGGCGCAGUAUCGCAGGCGCAGAAAACAAACACUAAACUAAUUAAGCUACGGACUACGGAUUACUUACCCAACCACUCCUAUUCUAUUUUAUGAUUUUGAAAUUUUCAACCUCUGCUCUUUUCUUUCAAAUUCACAAAACAGAUUUCUGGCUUCAUAUCACUAUCUAUCCAUUUCUUCAUUUUAUAACUUUGAGAUCGGCAAUUCCUGUGAUUAAUAGGAGAGAGAGAGAAAGAAGAAAUGGUCCCAAAAGACACUGUUACCUUCAACGUUGGCGGUAAAAUCUUCCAAACUACUUCUACUACGCUUGCUAAUGCCGGCCGCAAUUCCUUUUUCGGCGCUCUCUUUGAUGAUCAUUGGAAUCUCAAUUUCAAUUCUCAAUCCAAACCCGAUAUCUUCAUUGAUCGGAACCCCCAAUGCUUCCGUGUCCUCCUCGACCUUCUCCGUACCGGUGAGCUCUACAUCCCCCCUAAUCUCCCGGAGAAGCUUCUUUUCAGGGAGGCCCAAUUCUACGGCCUCUCUGACCAUGUCCGCGCCGCUAAGUGGGGCCCCUUCGAUGGAAACUGCCUCCGUCUCACCACCUCUGUCACCGGCCGUGCUCCCGGUGAUGGCACUGCCAUUCGUGCUGGCCCUGACGGAGGCUGCUGUGUGGCUCAUGGCUGCAUGGUCCAUGUCUAUGAUUGGUCCCUUCAGGAGCACCCUCCCCUGCAUUUGGACUACCAGAUUGUCAACGACGUUGGUUGGUUGGAUGCUAACCAUGUUGUCGUCAGCGCUUGUGAGAGGCUCGGUCGUGGAGACGGUGGUAUGGGACUCUUCAACGCCUCUAACGGAGAGCUACGUCAUAAAUUUCAAGUCCAACAUGAUAAUCAAGUCAAGAGCUUUACUGCAGGUGCCUUGGCUUUCACCCCUUCUGACUCUAACUCCAAAAUGAUUUACUCCAGCUGCAAGGGCAGAAGCAAUGAGUACGGCAUUGGGGUGUGGGACCAGGAGACGGGCCAGCAGGUCGAUUUCUUCUACGAGCCUUUAGGAUGGUCUCUUGGGGAUGCAGACAGGCUGCAGUGGCUCCCGGCCUCCAACUGCCUCCUGGUGGCCACCCUUUUUCCUAGGAAGGACAACUGUUACAUCAGCUUGUUGGAUUUCAGAGCCAAGUCUAUGGUCUGGUCCUGGUCCGACAUUGGAGCUUCUGGCCCAAAUCCAAUUUUGGUUGAUGACAAGCGUGUCAGAGAUGCCAUCGCCAUGGAGGAUGCGAGCUCCAUAUGUGUUGUCAACGAGUUCGAGGACUUGGGGUUUAUAGACCUCAGAAGCUGUGCUUCCAGUGUCAGGUGGAGCUCUAGGAGUCGCUUGGUUAAUGUUAUGAAAGCUAAUAAGAGGAUGCAACUUGCAGAGGAUGAGCCUUGCUACCCUAAGCUCGCCUUUCACAACUCCCAGCUAUUCUCUUCCAUGAAUGAUUCCAUUUCUGUAUUCUCAGGCCCUGAUUGGGUGUUAACCUCCAGGCUUAGGCGUGGAUAUGGGGGUCCUAUUUGCGACUUCUCCAUCGCUGGGGAUCGACUCUUUGCCCUUCACAGUGAAGAAAAUGUCUUCGAUGUCUGGGAGGCCCCUCCUUCCCCUCCCACUUUCUAAUACAGAGUACUCCAUGAUUAUUAUACUAACAUACAAUUGUAAGUGAUUUGUGUCUGUAUAUAAAAGUAUGGAUCUAUAGUGCCGUUCAAAAACAUCUGUAACUUGAUUGAGCAGCUCGUUGCUGAGUCUAUACAGCCGCUGCUUGUAGUUUAAGGUAAACUAGAAGAUAUGACAUAAGGCCUGUUUCUACAAAUUCUAUGACUUUUUAUAGGGAGAUUUCAAUAGCAAUUCAUACUAUAAUUUCA